AUGCGUUAUCACGAUUGGUCCGUGAAUCUCAAACAUCAGAGCAUUUUGAUGACGGCGAUGGCAACCACGUUUUUAUACACACUGGACGCAGGUUGUAUGGAUAUCACGUUAAGCGAAAUCGAAUCUAAAUCAGAAAAGGAUGAAGAAUUGGAGAAACUACGAUCCGCAUUGAAGCAUAAUAUCUGGCCAGAAGAACUACGUAGCUUUGAGGCUCAUAAGAAAAACAUCCAUAACAUCGGAGCAUUACUUUGCAAAGGAGACAGGAUUAUCCUACCGAAGGAGCUGAGAGCGAGAGCAAUGAAAUCAGCGCACAGUGGUCACAUUGGACAGGUGGCCAUGAAGCGAAUCAUGCGCGAUUUCUUUUGGUGGCCUAAGAUGAGUUCAGAAACUGAAAAAUUUCUGAACGACUGUGAAACAUGUGUACUACUAGCAAGAAAAAACCCUCCCAUUCCGCUUGCAUCGCGUGAUCUUCCGGAAGGACCCUGGGAGAUCAUUCAAAUAGAUUUUCUAAAAGUACCGGGUUUCGGAUCCGGUGAAUUUCUUAUGCUAGUCGACACGUAUUCAAGAUUUUUAUUUGUGAUCGAAAUGCAUAGUACGAACGCCGAGGCAACGAACAGAGCAUUGCAAGAAAUAUUCAAAUGGUGGGGCCUCCCACUUAUCAUGCAGAGCGAUAAUGGGCCCCCGUUUCAAAGCUCAACCUUCUGCAACUUCUGGGAAGAUAAAGGGGUAAAG